AUGGCUUCUAUUGAUAAUAAUACAGAAGGAAUGGAGUUUUCAACCUCUCGUCAGAGCGUUUCUAUUCAACAAAAGAAUAAUCAAACAAGGAACAAUGGUAGAACUGCUGAACGAAGAUUAUUUAAGCCUGAAUGGCGUUUGAAAUGUGGUUCUUUAUCAAUAUCUGGUCUUACGGUUGUUGUCGCAAUGUUCUUUAUAUAUCUAUGUGUGCUUAUGAUUAUCGGUAUUGUGAUCGUUUGUUUGACUGCACCGAAACCAAAGGUCAAAAAGUGUGAAUUAAAAUUUUUCUCAACAUCCCCAAAGCCCAUCGAAUAUAAUUAUGGUCCAAAGUCUGUUGCCGUAGGUUAUUUUGAUAAUGAUACUUGGCUAGAUAUGGUUGUUGCCGACUUUCUUGUGAAUAAAAUAUCGAUAUAUUCGGGAAAUAGCAAUGGAAUUUUUACGAAACAAAACGAAUAUUCUACUGGUCCGUAUUCUCGUCCGAAUAUGGUGGCUGUUGCUGAUUUGAACAAUGAUUUUCGAUUCGAUAUUGCAGUGGCAAAUUUUGGUACUAAUAAUAUUGCUAUAUAUCUUGGAUUUGGUAACGGAUCUUUCUUCAGUCAUUCACAAAUUUCUACUGGAAGAUCACGUCCUAUUUGGAUUAGCUUAAUUGAUUUCGACAAUAAUACAUUAGUGGAUACUGUUACUAUUGGUUAUGGAACUCAUAGUAUAGGAAUAUUUUAUGCAUAUUCACAUGGAUUAUUUUCUAGUCCAAUAACGUACUGGACGGGCUAUGAUUCUUUUCCAACAUCGCUGGCUUUUGGCGACGUUAAUAACGAUCAUUAUCUAGAUAUUGUUAUUGCCAAUUCUGGUACAGACAAUAUUCUCAUACUUAUCGGCAAUGGCAAUGGUACUCUUACACAGCACAUCAUUCUAUCUACAAAUGUAGAUUCACAUCCACGAUCAGUAGCCGUUGGUCAUUUCAACAGUGAUAACUACUUAGAUAUUGCAGUUGCGAAUUAUGGAACUGACACUAUUGGCAUCUUUAUCAAUAAUGCAAACGGAACUUUUACAAAGCAGAUUUUCUAUCAUCUCAAACAAGCUUCUCCUUACUCGAUAGGUGUCGGUGAUUUUAAUCAAGAUAAUCGAAUGGAUUUACUUAGUACUAAUAAAGGUUCGAAUAAUGUUGGUGUACUUCUUGGAUAUGGAAAUGGUAGUUUUCAAAAUCCACAAAUGAAAUCAACUGGAUCAGCUUCUUCCAUCGUAUUCACAAUAUGUGAUAUCAACAAUGAUCAUCGACUAGAUGCUAUUCUGAUUAACAAUGAUACUGAAAGUAUAAGUACUCUAAUUGGUUGUUUUGAAGGCUUUUCUGAUCGUCUGUCCUUUAAAGUUGGUGCUUCUCCUAAUCAUAUCACUGUUGCGGAUUUGAAUGGUGACCAACGAUUGGAUAUAGUCGUUGCUAAUUUUGACGAUCAGUCUAUCAGUGUUCUUCUUGGAUACGGCAAUGGAUCUUUUACAAAUCAAAUGAAAUAUUUAACUGAUUUAUCUCCACAAUCCUUAGAUAUUGCUGAUUUGAACGAUGAUACUCGAUUGGAUAUCGUUGUCGCCAAUAUUGAUAGUAGCACUAUUGGUGUUUUUUUUGGAUAUGGUAACGGAUCUUUUACCAAUGAAACAACUUAUUUAACUGACGAUUUUCCACGUUCUGUAACCAUCAGUGACUUAAAUCAUGACACUUAUCCAGAUAUUGUUUUUAUUAAUUCUGGUAACGAUACUAUAGGUAUUCUUCUGGGAUAUGGCAAUGGUUCUUUUGCGAACCAAAUUACACAUUCAACUGGGCCUAAUCCACAAUCUUUAGCAAUUGGCGACUUAAAUAACGACACUCAUCUAGAUAUUGCUGUUGUUAAUUUUGAAAGUAACAAUCUCCUAAUCCUUUUUGGAUAUGGUAACGGUUCGUUUACAAAUGAAACAAUUUAUUCUGCUGGUACAGGACCAUUCUUUGUUCGUAUUGAUGAUUUGAAUAAUGACACACAGUUAGAUAUCGUCGUCGCCAAUAUUGACAGUAAUACUGUCAGUAUUUUUCUUGGAUAUGGCAAUGGCUCAUUUACCAAUCAAUCCAUUUACGGAAGUGGAAGUAAUCCAAGAUUUUUCGCUAUUGGCGAUAUAAACAAUGAUACUAAAAAGGAUAUUAUUAUUGCUUGUGACAAUUUAGAAAUGAUAAGUGUUAUUUUCGGACAUGGUAAUGGGUCUUUUCAAAUUCCAAUGUUCUGGACCACAUAUGCUCGUUCAUACUCUCUGGCUAUUGCUGAUUUUAACAAUGAUACUCGACUAGACAUUAUUGUGCUCGACAAUAAGUACAAUUCUGUGGAUGUAUUACUUCAAUUGAAUCGUGGAGCUUUGAAAAAUAGUAUGACUUAUGCCUCUGGUGGGGCUUCGAAACUUAGUUCCAUUGAUCUUGGUGACAUGAACAAUGACAGUCGAUUAGAUAUCGUUGUUGCUAACUCUGGUACAGAUGAUAUAGGUAUCCUCUAUGGAUAUGGUGAUGGUCAUUUUACAAAACAAACGAUGAUUUAUAUGGGCUCUAAUUCUCAACCUUCAUCCAUCGUCAUCAGUGAUUUUAAUGGUGAUUCUCAGCUAGAUAUUGCAGUGGCUAGUUAUGGAAAUAAAAUUGUUCAGAUGUUACUUGGAUACAACAAUGGAUCAUUUAUCAAUCAAAUAGAUUAUGGAAUAUAUUUACCUUCUUCACCAUCUCUUAUCGUUCCUGGUGAUUUCAAUAAUGAUGGACGAUCAGAAGUUGUAGUUGCAUACGAUAAAAAUGAUUAUAUUGAUAUUCUUAUUUCAUACAAUACAGGAUCUUUUAUAAAUCCUCAGUCAUAUCCAGUUGAUAAACGUCCAUACGCUAUAGCUGUCGCUUAUUUGAACAAUGAUACUCAUUUAGACAUCGUUGUUGUAAACUCCGGUAGUGAUAGCUUGAAUAUUCUUCUUGGAUAUGGCAAUGGUUUAUUUACCUUGCAAAUGACAUAUUCAACUGGUUCUUCUCCAGAAUUUUUAUCUGUUAGUGAUUUAAAUAAUGACACUUAUAUAGAUAUUGUUGUGGUUAAUUAUGAUGAGAACAGUAUAUCCAUCUUUCUUGGAUAUGGUAACGGUUCGUUUGCAAAUCAAAGCAUCUAUCAAACCGGUUUAUCUCCACGUACUGUAUCUAUUGGUGACUUCAAUCAUGACACUCUUCCUGAUAUUGUGGUUGCGAAUUACUAUAAUAAUAGUAUCAGUAUCUAUUUUGGAUAUGGUGAUGGCUUAUUUACAGAUCGAAUCGAAUAUUCCACAAGUUCUUCUCCAAGAUCUGCAUCUGUUGGCGAUUUCAACCACGAUACUCAUCUGGAUAUUGUUUUUGUCAAUUAUCGAAGUAAUACUGUGGGCAUCCUUUUCGGAUAUGGUAAUGGAUCAUUUUCAGCUGAAAAGACGUAUUUGACGGAUUUCAAACCAAGCUUUGUCACUGUCGCCGAUCUUAAUAACGACACUUAUCUGGAUAUUGUUGUUCUUGCUUUCAAUAAUUUUACAAUGAAUAUCCUUCUCGGACAGGGCAAUGGUACUUUUGGAAACUAUGUUGAGUAUGACACUGGUGAUCUUCCACAAACGGCAACUAUUGCUGAUCUAAAUAACGACAAUCACUUGGAUAUUGUAGUUGUCAACUCUGCUAGUAGUGAUAUAAGUGUCUUCUUAGGAUAUGGAGACGGUUCUUUUACAGAUCAAAAGAUGUAUUCGAUUGGAAUUGAUCCACACGACGUAGCUGUGGGUAAUUUUAAUAACGAUUCUCAACUUGAUAUGGUUAUUGCGAACUCAGGUGAAGAUAAUGUCAUCAUAUUCUUUGGUUCAUUGAAUGAAAUAUUCCUGCAGCAAACGAGAGUUGUAACUGAUAAUAGUUCUCGACCACGAUCAAUUGUUGUUGAUGACUUUAAUAAUGAUCACCAAAUGGAUCUUUGUGUCGCUUAUUCCGACAGUAAUAAAAUUGGUAUUUUUCUUGGACUAGGUAAUAUUUCCUUCCAGAAUCCAAUAACACAUUCGACUGGUUGGAAUUCAUCCCCAUAUUCUGUGGCAGCUGGCGAUUUUAAUAAUGAUACUAAAUUAGAUCUUGUUGUCGCUAAUUAUGCUUCUCACAAUAUUGGCAUUUUUCUAGGAUCUCAACCAUUCUUUCUCCGAACUGGUGAUUUCAAUACUGAUAAGAAGUUGGAUUUCGCCGUGGUUAAUAAUGGUUCUGACAGUAUAAGUGUUUUGUUACAGACAUGCUGA